AUGAAUUCCGUAAGGCAUCUGAAAGUUGUUGCGCUCAUUUUGGCACAAAUUUUGGUUGCCACAGAAUGUGGUGUGUACGACGAUACGGAUAAGUGGAUUAUCUCUGGAAAGGCAUUGGAAUUUCCCAACGAUGCUGUGCUGGGUGGCUUUGAUGCUGACGGCUUUGACAACUAUGUGGGGCGCGUUUACUACAGUAGCAGUAGCGCGGUUUUGCCAGCUCGAGUUGUGCCCGAGAAAGGAUACGCCAAUUACAACACUGAGUCCGUCGCUAACAAGAUUGCAUCCUAUGAAGUUUUGGUGGCCAACCAAACUGUCAGUUAUCACUGGGUGCGCAGCUACGAUGGCUACAGGGAGAGGAACGCUGUUUGCGUGGGCACCAAUGGCUACAACGAUCGUGUCUACGUUUGCCGAGCUCUAACCGAUAAUGGCCUCUUCAUUGGCACACUGUUCUUGGCGGACAGACGCUGCUAUAUUCGUCUUGAGAACAUGCCUCUGAGAACGUUUGACAAAUACGAGAUGCUAGUCAGAAAGAUAAAGUUGGCUUAACGGCAACCUUAUGUGAUUGAAUGUA